AUGACCGUCACCGCUCCAGACCGCGGUAGAGAGAGUAUCCCGUCCACCACCGCUCCAGACCACAGUCCCGACGUCGAACUUGUCCCACGUCCGCCAACUUCGCCUCGCAUCGGCCGCCAUCCGUGGCUGCAGAUUCUCAGUACCUUUAUUGUAUUCAUGAAUACAUGGCAAGUCUACUUAGCUAUGGCAGACUCCCUCCCCCCAUCUCCGCCUGCUAACCGGCUUCCUUCAAGGGGAUUUCUCCUCACGUCCGGCGCCUUCCAAGCCUACUACGAGCUGUCUCUCAUCCCCGGACAGUCCAGCUCCGACACAUCUUGGAUAUCAACAACAUCCGCCUUCCUAGUUUUCGCCGUCGGCAUUGUGGCUGGUCCGCUUUACGACCGAGGCUUUUACAAGCCGCUGCUGGUCACUGGCAGCCUCUUGCAGGUCUUUGGCUUCAUGAUGCUCAGCAUCUCUACCCAAUACUACCAGCUCUUCCUCAGCCAGGCUGUUUGCAUUGGCCUCGGCUCCGGCCUCGUCUUCACACCGAGCGUAUCAGCCGCCGCCGCCUGUCUGCCGAAUCCCGCAACGCGAGCCAAGGCCAUGGGCCUCAUGGCAUGUGGCAGCUGCGUCGGCGGCAUCAUCUUCCCAACCAUGUUUCGCGCUCUUGUGCCCCGAAUCGGCUUCCCCUGGACCGUCCGCUCCAUCGGCUUUCUCAUCCUAGUGCUAUACCUCGUGUCCCAUCUGGUGUUAUUUGAUGGGCGGCGCAAAGCCUCUCGCGCCCCCGUCAUCCGGCGCUUCUUCGACACCUCAAGCUUUACCGACCUGCCAUUUAUGCUUCUCUCCGUCGCCUCCGUCUUUAGUGCCACUGCUUUUUACAUCCCCCUCCUCUACCUGCCACUCUUCACCAAGGUCCGCGUGCCGUCCAUCAGUCCCGACCUGACUGUUGAUCUCCUGUCCAUACUCAAUGGCUCCUCCGUCAUUGGCCGACUGGCCGCAGGUCUCGCAGGCGCCGUCUUUGGUCCCACCGAGACCAUUGCCGUUUCUCUCGUCGCGGGAUCGACCCUGCUGUUCUGCUGGAUCGCCGUCGACACGGUUGCCGGUACUGUCGUGUGGACUGUCUUCUGGGGCAUGAUAUCCGGCAUCCUCGUCACUCUCCCCGGCGCAUUCAUUCCCUUGUUCUGCCCAUCGGUGGCCGUGAUAGGCUCCCGGACCGGUACGUACUGGAGCUGGGUUGGUUUGGGUAUGCUGAUAGGCAGUCCCAUUGGCGGCGCAAUCUACGAUGUGAAGUCGGCACGGUCGGGCUACUGGCGCCUGCAGGUGUUUGCUGGUGUCUUUAUGAUGGCCGCUGCGCUUCUUACAGUUUAUCCCAUUCUGCAUUUACGUCGGGGGAGGGGAACGGCGUCUGUGCGGUCCGACUAA